UUUGUUUACAUCAUCCAGCCACAAACAACAUUUUCGGUUCGCGCGUGUGUGAGGUUCUUUCCAAAAGCGGCAUCAAAUUCCGGCACCAUUAUUUCACCAUAAGUACACAAAUUUAUCAUGUCCGAUGAAGUGGAUCCUGUGGAGCAAAUGUUGAAGCGUACCGGUUGCCUGAAUCUUCAUCACAAAGUGCAGGAGUGCAUUGCCGAAACCGGCGACUGGCGGCUCUGUCAGGACGUAGUUAAAGAUUUCAAACUGUGCAUGAAAGAUUAUACCGAGAAGCAGCGGGCAAAGUAUAGCGACAAAUGAACGCGCUCCGUACGUUGUUCGCCACGGUCAACGGUGGCGCUGGUAGUUCCGCCAUGAAAAUGGUGCUGGUAGUACGGUCGGAUUUGGGUUUGAAGAAGGGUAAAAUUGCGUCCCAGUGUGCCCAUGCAGCCGUUCUUUGCUGCAUGCGGGCACAAGCCGGAGGUGGCCCCGGUAGGACCAAACUAGACGCGUGGCUAAUGCAGGGCCAACCGAAGAUAGUGCUUAGGGUGGAUAGCUUGCAGGAGAUGCAUUCGCUGAUGGAACGUGCCGAAACGAUCGGUGUAGUUGCCGAGAUUGUUCGGGAUGCUGGCCGCACGCAGGUUGCUAGUGGGACGGAAACCGUACUAGGCCUGGGACCGGAUAGUAGAGAAGCGAUAGAUUCGUUGGUAGGAAAUUUGAAGUUGUUGUAGAUAUGUGUCUGUGUGUGUUGGGAAUGAAGUGUUCAAUAAUGUAGAUUAACCAAUACCAAAUGUUA